AGUGGGAGUGCCGGGCCCUGCUUCUCCUGGUGCCCCGGCAGAGGGGCCUGGUGGCUUGGGGAGGGCGGGCGGGCUGCUUGGAGGCAGAGGCAGCGAGAGGAGGCGGCGGCGGGGAGAGCCGAGGAGGAGGAGGAGAGAGGAAAGAGCGGAGCAGCCAUUGUUGAGGGAAACCUUGCAAACAAAGAAGGCUCCGGACUCCCCGCAGCCCCUCGCCCCCCAGACCGGCCUCCCGGCCCCCGGCCCAGUGGCCAUUGUAACUUUCCCCCGGGGUUGCAGCCGCCGCCUGGCAGGCCGAGGCUGUGCGUGCGAGUCUUUGUGCGGCCGGUGUAGUGGAGCUCCCAGCCAGGCCUGCCUGUCCCACUCGGGACAUGAGCGAUUGAAGUUGGGCCCCCUCAGCCCUCAACCCUGCCAGGGCCCUUUUGGGCUUCCAGCCGUUCCUUGCACUUCUCCUGGCCCCUUCAGUUCUCCCAGGUUGUUCCUCAAAGUCAUUCAAGCUGUACUCACCGAAGGAGCCCCCGAACGGCAACGCCUUCCCCCCCUUCCAUCCCGGCACCAUGCUAGAUCGGGAUGUGGGCCCAACUCCCAUGUACCCGCCUACAUACCUGGAGCCUGGGAUUGGGAGGCACACACCAUAUGGCAACCAAACUGACUAUAGAAUAUUCGAGCUUAACAAACGUCUUCAAAACUGGACAGAGGAGUGUGACAAUCUCUGGUGGGAUGCUUUUACAACUGAGUUCUUUGAGGAUGAUGCCAUGUUAACCAUCACUUUCUGCCUGGAGGAUGGACCAAAGAGAUACACCAUUGGCCGGACCCUGAUCCCACGCUACUUCCGCAGCAUCUUUGAGGGGGGUGCUACGGAGCUGUACUAUGUGCUUAAGCACCCCAAGGAGGCAUUCCACAGCAACUUUGUGUCCCUUGACUGUGAUCAGGGCAGCAUGGUGACCCAGCACGGCAAGCCCAUGUUCACCCAGGUGUGUGUGGAGGGCCGGUUGUACCUAGAGUUCAUGUUUGACGACAUGAUGCGGAUAAAGACAUGGCACUUCAGCAUCCGGCAGCACCGAGAGCUCAUCCCCCGCAGCAUCCUUGCCAUGCAUGCCCAGGACCCCCAGAUGUUGGAUCAGCUCUCCAAAAAUAUCACCCGGUGUGGGCUGUCCAAUUCUACUCUCAACUACCUCCGACUCUGUGUGAUACUUGAGCCCAUGCAGGAGCUCAUGUCCCGCCACAAGACCUACAGCCUCAGCCCCCGCGACUGCCUCAAGACCUGCCUUUUCCAGAAGUGGCAGCGCAUGGUAGCACCCCCUGCGGAGCCUGCACGGCAGCAGCCCAGCAAACGGCGGAAACGGAAGAUGUCGGGGGGCAGCACCAUGAGCUCAGGGGGUGGCAAUACCAACAAUAGCAACAGCAAGAAGAAAAGCCCAGCCAGCACCUUCGCCCUCUCCAGCCAGGUACCUGAUGUGAUGGUGGUGGGGGAGCCCACCCUGAUGGGCGGGGAGUUCGGGGACGAGGACGAGAGGCUCAUCACCCGGCUGGAGAACACCCAGUUUGACGCAGCCAACGGCAUUGACGACGAGGACAGCUUUAACAACUCCCCAGCCCUGGGCGCCAACAGCCCCUGGAACAGCAAGCCUCCAUCCAGCCAAGAAAGCAAAUCGGAGAACCCCACAUCACAGGCCUCCCAGUAAAGGUCUCACCAUGGCUACCCAGUGCUCUGCGUGCCUGCUCCACCCCUAGCAGCCCCAGGGAGCAGAAGACAGAAUGAAAAGACUGAGCAUCUAAAAUGGGCAGGCUCCGUCCACCCACUUCAGGGAGGAACUGCACUCGGUGGGGGCAGGUGCCAAGAUUUGCCCCCCAGUGGCCCUGGGUUGGGCCUGGCCUCUGCAGAGCCUUUUGGGGGAAAGGGAUACUCAUGCGGAUGUCUACGUGAACUCUGGGCCUCUGAAAAAUGUCCUGACCAUCCGGAGCAUUUACUUCCAUCCUCACCCCACGUCAGGGUUCCCCAUCCUCCUGACUCUACCCCUUCAAGCCUGGGGUUGUCUGUACCCACAGCCAUUAGGGACUUAAAGUUAUGGGACUUGGUUCAGUGACCCUCCCCCAAACUUCCCCCCAGGUGGCUGGUAGUAGAGGGGUAAAGCUCUGGGCUGCUCUCUGCUGCCACCUAUCCCAGCUCCAAGUUUUUUUAAAAAAAUAAUAAUAUUAAAAAUGUAAGUUUAAAAAACC